UUUUCAAUACCGGAAGACUGGCUAUUACACCAGUGACCGGAGUGCGAAGGCCUAGCGGGUGAAUCGCAAAGGCUUUCUUACUAAUAAAUGAAAUUUACACUGAAAACAAGAAGAUCAAGAAGUUUGGAGUAAACCGGAAAGAAACAGAAACCAUACCGGUCAGAUCGGGAUAUACAUUUACAGUAUUGAAAAGUUUAGCGAGGACAGGUGCUUGUUGCACCUCUGACUGUCCGAUUGUGUAUUACCGAUCGUUCACCGAGUGUAUUCCUUUGUGAAUUUGCAUUGAUUACACACAUAAUCGCUGGGUACGGGGCAAUAUACAUGUUCAGGAUUGGAUUAUCAGAGCUGAUGUGGUGCAAUGUAAUUCACUUGUGAGGGAGUAGAAACGGAACAUGCUAAGUAUGAACGGGCUGAAAGUGUCCAACUAUGUACCGAACAGUACGAUCAAGACGGAGCCCCUGACAAGCAAAUACACCAUUCAAGGCAGCAUUGGCCGAGGAAAAUUUGCUGUGGUGAAAAAAUGUGUGAACAACGAAACUGGGGAUACUGUGGCUGCCAAGUUUAUCCGAAAACGGCGGAAGGGCAAGAGCUGUCGAGAAGAAAUAUUACGUGAGGUGGUGAUGCUUGAACUUGCCCUAGCUCAUCCCCGAUUAGUGGAUCUCCUCGAGGUGUAUGAAACACCGUCAGAACUCAUCUUGGUCACAGAAUAUUGUGCAGGUGGGGAGCUGUUCCAUGAGUGUGUUAUAGAAGAGUCGUUCAAGGAGGCUGAUGUGGUGCGCCUCAUCAUCCAGAUCCUCGAGGGGCUCACAUAUCUACAUGAACGCAACAUAGUGCAUCUAGACCUGAAGCCUCAGAAUAUUCUCUUUACAAGACCAUACCCUGAAGGGGACAUCAAGAUAUGUGAUCUCGGCUUCGCCUGUCUCGUCAAUACUGGAGAAGACAUCCGGGACAUCAUCGGGACACCGGAUUAUGUUGCUCCGGAGGUUCUGGACUAUGAACCACUCAACACAAUGACAGACAUGUGGAGUAUGGGUGUUCUGGCUUACGUCAUGUUGACGGCGUGUGCUCCGUUUGCCGGGGAGAACAACCAGGAGACCUUCUGCAACAUCUCCCAGGUGAAACUGGACUUCCCGGCCGAGCUGUUCGGGGAGAUCAGCGACCUCGCCCAGGACUUCAUCUCCUGUCUGCUGGUCAAGAACCCAAGAAAACGAUUGACAGCUCGUCAGUGUCUAGACCACCCAUGGCUCAAAACCUCUGUGGAUAACACUGUGGUGCCGUUACUGCCGUCCCCGUCGGAUGCAGCUUUUGGCCUGUCUCAGGACCUCGGAUCUACAGUCAACUACCACUCCAAGUCUCGGGAAAACCAGGAAAACUUCAUAAACGGCAAACAGUUGAAAGCCGCGUCAACCAGCAUGUUGAUGGAACUGAAAGAAAAAGAUGCUAAUUCUUGCCUUAACCAUCAGAAGAGUUCCAUGUCUAGUGUCGACAAAAGGCGGUCUAUGGAAAUACCAUUGAAAAAAUUACGUAGUGACGAUAACGGUGAGCAGCCACACAACGUCAUGUGUGAAAUAUCGGCCAAGGCUGUCAAAGACAGUGUGAAUAUGUUCGAGAGCACAAGAACUUACAAUGUUCAAAAGGAAGUGGAUUUAGUAUGUAGUGAGAACCAGAGAACGGACAUGACGUCAAGAAGCACUGACAAGGAAAUAGACAGUAAUAUAUUGCAAGUGUCACCGGUGGAGCAAGAUAUAUGCAUCAAGUCGAGCCCGGAUUAAUGCUAGUUUGGUUUAGAUAACUUACGUGUGUCAUGUAAAUGAGAGGUCACAUGCCUAAUACUCACUUACACAAGGGUGGUGGGUUGAUGUCGUACUUGAGGCAGUGCCCCCCACAGAUUGAUCCUGUUUCACUAUUGUAGAUAUGUAGAAAAAAGCCUGUGUAUAUUGCAGAAUUGAACAUUGGAUUGGAAAACCGGAAAACUGUUAAACACAUAUCGUUGUAGCAUUGUUAUGUGAGUAAAGUUUCACAAAAGCUCACGAACAAAAUCAUGAUCUGAAGGUGAAAAACAAAUUUAAGUGACCAUUGUGAUUGUGACAAAUUAAUGAUUCAAUGAGAUUCAUUUUUUAAUUUGGGAUGGUCUCUAAGUAGCGAAGUAAAAUUAUGAUUGCUAAAAUAUUUUGUGCUUACCGUAUUCGACGUAAUAAGCGCCCAGGGCGCUCUCAAAAUUAGAAAUAGGGGGCUCUUAUUGGAAUAUAACUUUGGUGAAAGAGUUGAAAGAUGGUAAAUUUUGUGGUUUAU